UAUCUGUGCAACAUAUCUGUUUCAUGUAAUCGAGCAGGAAAAGGUCUGCCAGAAUCCAUCCGCCUCCUGGCCUGCAGGGAGAACAGAAACAUGAGCACAGCAGGAAAAGUAAUAAAAUGCAAAGCAGCUGUGCUAUGGGAGAUAAAGAAACCCUUUUCCAUUGAGGAGGUGGAGGUAGCACCCCCUAAGGCUCAUGAAGUUCGUAUAAAGAUGGUGGCCACAGGAGUCUGUCGGUCAGAUGACCACGUGGUUAGUGGAAACUUCGUCACACCUCUUCCUGUGAUCGCAGGCCAUGAGGCAGCCGGCAUUGUGGAGAGCAUUGGAGAAGGGGUGACUACAGUAAAGCCAGGUGAUAAAGUCAUCCCACUCUUCACUCCCCAGUGUGGAAAAUGCAAUGUUUGUAAACAUCCGGAAGGCAACUUCUGUGUGAAAAAUGAUCUGAGCAUGCCUCGCGGGACCAUGCAGGAUGGUACCACCAGGUUCACCUGCAAAGGGAAACCCAUCAACCACUUCCUUAGCACCAGCACCUUCUCCCAGUACACAGUGGUGGACGAGAUCUCAGUGGCCAAAAUUGAUGCAGCCUCACCUCUAGAGAAAGUCUGUCUCAUUGGCUGUGGAUUCACAACUGGCUAUGGGUCUGCAGUCAAAGUUGCCAAGGUGACCCCAGGCUCCACCUGUGCGGUGUUUGGCCUUGGAGGAGUCGGCCUGUCGGUUGUCAUGGGCUGUAAAGCGGCUGGAGCAGCCAGGAUCAUUGGGGUGGACAUCAACAAAGACAAAUAUGCGAAGGCAAAGCAAGUGGGCGCCACUGAGUGCAUCAGCCCAGAGGACUUCAAGAAACCCAUCCAGGAGGUGCUGAAGGAAAUGAGCGGUGGAGGUGUGGAUUUUUCAUUUGAAGUCAUUGGUCGGCUUGACACCAUGGAGGCUGCCUUGGUAAGCUGUCACGAGGCAUAUGGUGUAAGUGUCAUUGUAGGAGUAGCUCCUGAUUCCCAAAAUCUCUCCAUGAACCCCAUGCUGCUAUUGAGUGGGCGUACCUGGAAAGGAGCAGUUUUUGGUGGCUUUAAGAGUAAAGAUUCCGUCCCCAAACUUGUGACUGACUUUAUGGCUAAGAAGUUUUCAUUGGAUCCAUUAAUAACCCAUGUUUUACCUUUUGAGAAAAUAAAUGAAGCAUUUGACCUGCUUCGUUCUGGAAAGAGUAUCCGCACCGUCCUGACAUUUUGAGAUCAUACAAAGGCCUUCACUUGUAGCUGUCUUCUGGCUCCUUCAUCAUCUGGCACAUCAGACAAACAACAUCAAUAAUUCUGUUCUUCAGAGAUGUUGUCAAUAAAUUACACAUGGGAGGUUUCCAUGGGAAAACAAGAAAGAAAAAAUUAUGUGAAAACCUUUUUCAGGCAUAUUUUUAAAAUCCAAGUGAAAGUUAGAUGAGCCAUCAGCUGAGUAAUUGAAUCCAAUAAACAUUUCUUCUUAAUCACUCCACUCACGUUGCAUGGUGUCGUCUUUCCCAUUAA